ACUCUCUCCACAACCGUCCCGGUCUACAAAACCUCAGCUUUCUAUAUCGACGCUCACCAAGGACAACCGCAAUGACUCGAACUGAAACCACUCACUACUUUGGAGCCGGCCCCGCGCUUCUGCCGACGUCGGUGAUCAAGCAGGCUGCGGAGGACUUGAUUGAAUAUCAAGGCUCUGGUCUCGGCCUGGGUGAGAUUUCGCACCGCUCGGCACCAGCGGUUGCGGUUGUCGACAACACCAAAAGCAAUAUCAAGCAGCUGCUCAAUGUGCCCGAGACACAUGAGGUGUUUUUUUUACAGAGCGGUGGUACCGGCGAGUUCGCUGCUGUGGCGUACAACAUGCUGGCCGCCUUUGCCAAAAAGACGGGGAAGAAGGGCAAAGCUGAUUACAUCGUUACCGGCACUUGGAGUCAAAAGGCCGCUGAGGAAGCGAAGCGGUUGGGUGUCGAUGUUAACAUUGUUGUGAACGGAAAGAAGUCCAGCCCGACGGGCAAGUACGAUCGAAUUCCCGAGCCCGAGACGUGGAAUGCGUUUGGCUCUGCCGAAGACACCGCUUAUGUAUACUACUGCGACAACGAGACCGUCAACGGAGUCGAAUUCCCCUAUGUUCCCAAGGUUCCCGAAGGAGUUGAGCUGGUUGCCGAUAUGUCGUCGAACGUUCUCUCGCGCGAAGUCGACGUGUCGAAAUUCGGUGUCAUUUUUGCUGGUGUGCAGAAGAACAUUGGUAUUGCUGGUGUGGCUGUGGUAAUCAUCAAGAAGUUGCUGCUUGAGAAGCCUUCCGAUGAGGAGCUUACUGCUCUCAACAUUCCUCUUGCUCCCAUAGUUUUCGAUUUCCCCACUUUGGUCAAGAACAACUCGCUCUACAACACUUUGCCAAUUUUCAACUUACAUGUUGUUUACCUAACGACAAAGCUCCUGCUCGAUAACGGCGGACUUGAGGUUCAGGAGGCUGUUAGCAACAAAAAGGCUGAGAAGCUUUAUGCUACCCUGGACUCGGUGCCGGAAGGCGUCUUCAAUCUCCUGGUCGAGAAGAACUCCCGCAGCAGGAUGAACAUCGUUUUCACCGUCAUCGGAGGAGGCAAGGAGAAGGAGUUCCUGGAUGGUGCAAAGGCUAAAGGAAUGACCGGAUUGUCGGGUCACAGAAGCGUUGGCGGUAUUCGGAUAUCGAAUUACAAUGCCGUGUCCGAAGAGAGCAUCGACUAUGUCUGCAGCUGGAUCAAGGAGUUCGCGUCAUAGAACUGCCUACUGCCGUCCUCAGCUCUCAUGGAGUGCUUCUUGUGACGAAAGAGGGACGAUUAAGGGUUGAGCUCUUCAAAAGUAACUGUUGUUUUCUAUAGAGUUAUAUAAAUAUUAUAUUUAAUUACAAUGA